GUGUGUCCAACCUUCUCUGGGAUAGUGUAGUUGUUGCCCUCUUCUCGUUUUAGGUCCAUAGUAUCUGUGGUUCUACUGUAUAGAGUGACUUAGCUAUAGCUACAGUAUAGAUAUACUAUUAUGCUGGCUCAAUGAAUAGAUAUAACAUGAGUAAUUUUAUAAUCUUAGCUAUUGCAAUACUAAGUGUGUUAGAUUGUAGUGCAGCUCAGAAUUAUAAUUGCCUACAGUCCAUAGCACAAAAUCCUCCUGGAAAAUGCCCUACUUGGUAUUGGUACCAGAACAGUACUCAGUGUGUUUGUGGAGGUAGUCAGUACACUAAUGCCUAUAUCACUCAGUGUAAAGUUCCACCACAACUUCUCAGAAGAGACUACUGCGCAACCUUUGAAAACAAUAUGACGUCUUUAGGACGCUGCCCUUACAACACACGAUACAAUACAGUACCACACGAACUCAUAACGCAGGACACAUUGCAACUAACUGAGCAAAUAUGUAGCCCUCUGAAUCGCACCGGGCUCUUGUGUAGUGAUUGUUUACCAGGACUAGGACCAGCUGUGUUUUCGUACUAUCGAGAAUGCAAAGAAUGCGUGGGUUCUCCAUAUGGAUGGUUCCUCUUCUUUGUGAGGCUAAUGUUGCCACUUACUGUGUUAUGCAUUAUUGUCAUUGUAUUUAGGAUCAAUAUAGCAUCUCCUGCUUUGAAUGGAUUUGUGCUUUGCGUCCAACUGAUCACAAAUGUGUUUAACAAUUACCCGUUUGCUGUUCAUGGAUUGGAGGAAUCAUACUCGAUAACACAAUUCGUUGCUGAUGUAUAUGGAUUAUUCAGCUUAGAUUUUUUCACAUAUGCUGUUCCCUCAUUUUGCAUCAGUGAAGAAAUGAACAUGUUAACAGUGUUGUCAUUGCAAUAUAUCGAGGCUCUUUACCCAAUGGUAUUGAUAUUGCUUGUGUACAUCUGUAUAACGCUACAUGACAAAGGGUGUAGAAUAAUUGUGAUUGUGUGGAGGCCAUUGCACAAAUGUUUAGUAAGAUUCAGGAAGAGUUGGCAAAUCAAAGGGUCUGUGAUUAAUGCAUUCACGACUUUUAUGCUGUUGUCAUACUGUAAGUUUUGUUCUAUCUCACUGUACCUGAUCCAACCUGUUACAAUUUGGAAUGUGUGUGGAUAUACUACAAACAACAUCUACUAUGAUGCCAAGACAGAAGCAUUCUCUAAGAACCACAUUCCGUACAUAGUUUUAUCAUCUUUAUUUACCCUGUUCUUUGUACUAUUGCCUGCUCUUUUCAUCUUAUUUUACCAGAACAGAACUUUUCAAAAAUUUCUUGUUUUAUGUCGAUUAAAAUGCCUCUUGAUAGACGAAAUGGCUAAUAUUACUCAAGGAUGCUUUAAGAAUGGAACUGAACCAGGAACAAGGGACUAUCGAUGGUUUGCUGGCUUAUAUCUAAUCCUCCGAAUCAUUCUGGUGUUUUGCAUCAACCAACAGUUCAGUGAACUAAUUUACGCCAUGGGACCGACCAUUCCAGCUGUAUUAGUGCUAGCAUUACGCCCAUAUCGAGUUGACUGGUGCAAUAUUCUCGACUCAAUUUUUUGGUUGAUAUUUUCAAUCGGAACAUCUUGGCACCUGUAUUGGACAGCAUAUAAUGCUGGAUGGAUAGACCUACCAAACGUUUUGAAAUUGAUACCUCUUUUAUACAUUGUAUGCUACGUAGCCUAUUCGACUUUCAAACUGUGUCGAUCGUGGUACAAAACGAAAAAGUCUCGAAAAAAUGCAGUAAACAACGACGAAGAGACAAUCCCCCAUCGCCUUCUGUAUCCAAAUGAGUAUGAACCACUUAUUGCAACAGUUUCUCAAGAUUAAAGACUUUAACAUCACUAGCUGAGUAGUUCUAAGUUUUUUUCUAGUGCUUGUCUUUUGUAAUUACUGAAAAUCCCAUGUCCAUUGAAUAGACCCAUUUUGCUUUGUCACUCCAAAA